CUACAGAUGCUACACACGAAACAAAUAAUUAUGGAAAAUGACUCUUUUGUGUCUGAAUUUAUUCUUAUGGGACUGACAGACCAACCUGAGCUCCAGUUGUCCCUGUUUGUUCUCUUUUUGAUGAACUACACAGCCACUGUGAUGGGAAACAUGAGCUUAAUGAGUCUCAUUUUCUUAAAUUCAAACCUUCACACCCCCAUGUACUUUUUCAUCUUCAAUUUGUCCUUCAUUGAUUUUUGUUACUCAUUUGUCUUUACCCCCAAAAUGCUGAUGAGUUUUUUUUUAGAGAAAAACACCAUAUCCUUCAGAGGAUGCAUGACUCAGCUGUUCUUCUUCUGCUUUUUUGUGAAUUCUGAGAGUUAUGUGCUGACAGCUAUGGCCUAUGAUCGCUAUGUGGCCAUCUGUAAGCCUUUACUAUACAAGACUAUCAUGGUACCUAAGAUCUGUUGUCUUCUGAUGUUUGUUUCAUAUUUGAUAGGGUUUGCUAGUGCCAUGAUACUCACAGGCCUAAUGUUUAGGCUCAACUUUUAUAACAACAUCAUCAAUCACUAUAUGUGUGACAUCUUCCCUGUCAUUCAGAUCUCCUGCAGUGACACCUAUGUCAAUGAGAGUGUGAGCUCUGCUGUGGUGGGUACAGGUAUCAUUUUAUGUAGCCUCCUUAUCUUAAUCUCUUAUGCUCUGAUCCUUUUCAAUAUCCUUCAUAUGUCAUCAGGAAAGGGUUGGUACAAAGCCCUCAGCACUUGUGGGUCCCACAUCAUUACUAUUAGUCUCUUCUAUGGAUCUGGUCUCCUUGCUUACGUCAAGCCAUUAUCUACUGAGACUGUGGGCCAGGGGAAAUUUUUCUCAGUGUUUUAUACAUUUCUGGUGCCCAUGCUGAAUCCUCUCAUAUACAGUCUCCAGAACAAGGAUGUCAAAGUUGCUGUGAAGAAAACCUUGAAGAGAAUCUCAAGUUAA